AUGGGUAACAAACGCGCUCUCCUGAUCUGCAGUGUCUCCUUCCUAGGAAAUAUGCUCUACGGAUACGACUCAAUUGUUAAUGGAGCCUCCGUCUCCAUGCCCUCCUUUCUCCUGUACUUUGGAAGUAUCGGACUUACUGGAUCAGCUUAUUUGCCAUCAAUCUGGACAUCUCUUUGGAACUCCAUGUCCCUCCUCUGUCAAGCCAUUGGUGCAUUGAUGGUUGGAUCUAUAUCCGAUCGAUUUGGUCGUAAGUGGCCUGCUUGUGCUGCUGCGACGCUCACAAUUGGCGGUACUGCGAUGCAAUACUACGCUGAGUCUCGAGGACUGUUACUAGCUGGCAGAAUGGUGAACGGAUUGGGAAUCGGAGUUGUGGUUAUAAUGUCGAUGACAUACGCUUCAGAAGUCGCACCUCUUCGACUUAAAGGUGUGUUUCAGCAAGGCUUGGUUCUGUUUUAUGUCUUUAUGAUGGCGGUGGGUCUUGCUGUCAUCAGAAUCUAUGUUCCGCAAAUGGCCCCGCAGGCAUUCAGAAACGUUUUCGCCAUUCAAUGGGCCGUCGCAGGCAUUAAUGCCCUAGCAUUUGCAGCAACUCCAGAGUCCCCCAACUUCCUGAUUUCCAAAGGUCGUUUGCCCCAAGCCCGUAAUGUUAUGGCUCUAAUCUAUGGCAAGAACAACUCAAUCGAUGAUCGCCUCGCAUAUCUGAACAAAGUUAUUCGAAAAGAACAGGCAAAUAAAGCACUACAGUCGGGCUCAUACAUUGAAUGCUUCAAAGGGGUCGAUAUUCGAAGGACAUUGACUGUUAAUUGGGGUGGUGCCGCCUUUCUGUCUCAAUCCAUCUACUUUUUGAUCAUUGCCGGCCUCCCAUCAAUCCACGCAUUUGACGUUUCAAUUGGUGGCUUUGGCUUGGCUAUGAUCAUUAUCGUGUUGAGUUGGAUUUUAGGAGGUAAAGUUAGGCGGCGGGAUGCCUUCAUGGCAGCAUGCAUCCUUAACUUUCUUUUCAUGUUGACGAUCGGGGCACUAUACUACGCGCCUGGGUCCAGUGGUCUAUGGGGAAUUGCAGUUCUCAUGCUUCGAGCCAAGACAUUGUCCAUUGGUGUCAUUACACAGACAUUGGCUCGAUUUAUUGUGCCAUACAUCUACAACGUUGAUGCUGGCAACUUUGGAGCUCGAACAGGAUUCGUCUUUGCGGGACUGAGCGUUCUCCUGAUCAUUGGCACCUGGUACAUCGUGCCUGAAACGACUGGCCUUACCAUGGAGGAAAUCGAUAAGGCGUAUAUCGAUAAGAUUACUGUGAGAGCAUUCCAGACACGUAUUGGAAGCGGCCAGGUUGAGGCUUGA